AUGGCGAGGUACAUACCUAAAGCUGAGAGUGGCGGUAUGGUGGGGUACAUACCUAAAGCUGAGAGUGGCGGUAUGGUGGGGUACAUACCUAAAGCUGAGAGUGGCGGUAUGGUGGAGUACAUACCUAAACCUGAGAGUGACAGUAUGGUGGGGUACAUACCUAAAGCUGAGAGUGGCGGUAUGGUGGAGUACAUACCUAAAGCUGAGAGUGGCGGUAUGGUGGAGUACAUACCUAAAGCUGAGAGUGGCGGUAUGGUGGGGUACAUACCUAAAGCUGAGAGUGGCCGUAUGAUGGGGUACAUACCUAAAGCUGAGAGUGGCGGUAUGGUGGGGUACAUACCUAAAGCUGAGAGUGGCGGUAUGGUGGGGUACAUACCUAAAGCUGAGAGUGACGGUAUGGUGGGGUACAUACCUAAAGCUGAGAGUGGCGGUAUUAUGUGGUACAUACCUAAAGCUGAGAGUGGCGGUAUGUAG